UUUCCCUCCGCGCGUCAAUGUUUACAUUCCAGUGACGACGGUUGAGGGGUGUACACACCAGUCUGUCACGGGCUCAGAUUCUCACCGAUAACAGCUUGAAUAUCAGUGCCUGGAUUUUUCUGAAGACCAUGGUGUACGGAGCUAUUGUGGGGAUGAUUUGCUCUGAAAUCCUGGGGGCCGUGUGGUACCACCCCCGGGUUUUCGGCAAUGCCUGGAUGAAGACCGCCUACCCUGGUAAGACAGAGCCGGAGAUCCAAGCCACCGUGGGCGCCAACAGGGCGAUGUACCUCGUCGUUCUCACCAAUGGUCUCCUGUGCUUCCUCAUUAAUUUUGCCCUUGGUCCAUUAUUGAGAUCUGGAUCUUGCCUGGAUGCCGUUGUGAGGGGCAUCUUAAUCUCCAUGGUGAUAAUCUUGAUUGACAUAUCACAUUGCCUGUUUUCUGCACGCUCAUUGGCGGGAUUUGUAAUUGACCGUGCCUACGACACGUGCAUGAUCAUUUUGAUCUGCGUCUGCAUCGCAACCAUUGGUUGAAAAUGCCCUUUCAUUCCGAUCUUUACCACACGUAUAUGAAAUAACAUGCAUAUGUUUCUGUAGAUUCCAAAGAAGAUGACGUCUCUUGUUUUUCUUAACAGUUUUAAAGCAGGGAUCCUAUAUUUAAAGUGCCAUAUAAUGACCUGUGCGGACAUUGUAAAAGUUUGAUGUCAGCAUCUUUUUUGUGUGUAUUGAAAUUCAUUGUAUAACUCAAUUAGCCAGGCAGCGUAUUACACAUACUCAUGACAUGUACAUCAUUACGUUUUCAUUUCAUAAGAAUUUUGAAUAAAUGAUUUUGAAAGUACAGUAUAUAUACAUGUCUGACAA